GGGCGCGGGGCCGAGCGGGCCGGCCCGCGGGCUGAGGCCGAGCCGGCGGGCCCCGCUGCGGCCGGGCGGGCACCAUGCGGCGGCUGCGGCGCCUGGCGCACCUGGUGCUCUUCUGCCGCUUGUCCAAGGGGCUGCAGGGCCGGCUCCCGAGCUUCAGGCCCAAAUUGGUCCUUCUGGCCUGGCUGGGCGUCUGCGCGGGCAGCUGGAUGGUCUACGUCCACUUCUCCUCCUACGCCGACCUCUGCCGCGGCCACGUGUGCCAGGCGCUCAUUUGUGACCAGUACCACAAGGGCAUCAUCUCAGGCUCCCUGUGCCAGGACCUGUGCAGCGGGCACAAGGUGCGGUGGGGGACCUGUCUGUCCUCAGAGCCGGACCGCCAGGUGUACAGUGGGCUGUGGCAGGACAAGGAAGUGACCAUCAAGUGUGGCCUUGGGCCCCGCCUGCAUGCCAAGGCCGGGGCAGGUGCGGCUCCUCGGGAACUGGUGCUCUUUGACAAGCCGGCCCGGGGCACGUCCAUCUCAGAGUUCCGGGAGAUGACCCUCAGCUUCCUCAAGGCCAACCUGGGGGACUUGCCGUCCCUGCCGGCGCUGGUGGCCCAGGUCCUGCUCCUGGCCGACUUUGAUCGCGACAGCAGAGUGUCCCUGGCGGAGGCCAAGUCCAUGUGGGCCCUGCUGCAGCAGAACGAGUUCCUGCUGCUGCUGGCACUGCGGAAGGGCCACGCUGCACGGCUGCUGGGCUCCUGCGGGGACCUGUACAUAACCGAGGGCGCCCCUCCCGGCUCGGGGCCCGCACUACUGUCCCCUGCGCUGCCCCCGGCCGUGCAGCGGUGGCUGGGCCCAGCGUGGCCGUGGCGGGCCAAGAUCGCCAUGGGGCUGCUGGAGUUCGUGGAGGAGCUCUUCCACGGCACGUACGGGACCUUCUACAUGUGUGAGACCACGCUGGCCAACGUGGGCUACACGGCCCGUGACGGUUUCCGGGUGGCUGACCUGCGGCAUGUGGUGCCUGAGGCGGCUGUGCGGCGUUUCCUGCAGGGCCGCCACUGCGAGCGCAGCGCCGACUGCACCUACGGGCGGGACUGCCGCGCACCCUGCGACCAGCUCAUGCGCCAGUGCAAGGGCGACCUGGUGCAGCCCACUCUGGCAAAGGUGUGCGAGUUGCUGCGCGGGUACCUGCUGCCCGGCGCCCCCGCCGCCCUGCGCGCUGAGCUGGGCCACCAGCUGCGCACCUGCACCACGCUGGGCGGCCCAGCGGGCCGGGUGGAGGCGCAGCACGCGCUGGUGCUCGGCCACCUCAAGAGCCUGCUGGGCAGGGAGGCCGCGCACACCGAGGGCGCCUGA